AAACGUUUGGUCGCAUUGUGGAAGGAAGGGCAGACGAAGCUUAUCGCCUGCAGAACAAGGAUUGUGCCGUUAAAUAUUUAGUUGAAUAAUAAUCCAUUUUGAUGGAUUAAUGGGUGACUCGUUGAUUAUGGCUGUGACUCCGAAAAUGCUGCGCUGCAAGAGGCGCUGUCAGGUGAAGAAUGAAGAAACACGUUAUUUGCCUGGGCCUGGCAUAUCGAAUGUAGCGAAAGCACUCGCGUGAGCCAGCCUUCGGUUCACCUAGAUGAAGAAGACGUGAAACGCCUGAACACUUUAUCAGUCGCCACAUAGACCCGGACGUACUUGAUUCCCAUGUGGCGCUUCUAUACCGGUGACGUGCGCACGAAAUUCUCUGCAACCGGUUCCCUGCAAGGAACACAGGCCCGUAUUCACAACGACAUCUGAUGCCUAGAGAUGUUUGUCAGAUAAAAUUUCAGCCAAUCCGGACGAUGGACAUGUUAUUAAAUAGUUAAGGAGAAAUUCCAAAAAAAAGUUCUUACGGAAGAGAAGCUUUGUGAAUUCGUCCCCUGCUGUAUAUGCGGAAGAAAAGGACAUGUCUAUAAGCCAUUUUAGGUAAGCUGAAAAUUCAAGGGACAGCCUUUGUCACAUGCUGGUAUGCCCAAGCUGAAAUUAAGCGCUACAUCAGCUCCAACCGUGCUGCCACAAGCGGCUAUCUGUCGCAAGGAAGAAUGGAAGAUGGUCAGAAGAAAGAUGCUACUGCUGUUGGCAAACCCAGGAUCGUCAAGGUAGAUCUCUACGAAGAACCCCACGAAGCUACGGGCGAAGGCUUCUGCAAGGCUCCGCGACUGAGCUUCGUAGAGUGCAGCUGUCCGGAUGCAAGCGUACUCGGGAGGCAGAAGAAAGGCGGUGAGGCGGCAGGCAUAGACAAGUGCUGGUGGGUAGUCGGGCUUGCCUUCGUCAUGACGACCAUGGAGUCCGCCACCAGCCGCUGUUCGGGGUUUCUCUACGUGGGAAUCAUAGAACAGAUGCACGUUGACCGUGGCCUCGCCUCGUGGCCGGUAAACCUCGUCACGUCGGUGAACGACUUUGGGGGCUUGGUGUCUGGUCCAUUGAGCGAGCAUUUUAGCACGGUUCCAGUGAUGGCUGUAGGAUCCGUGCUGGCGUCAGCAGGCGUUAUAGCGUCAGCUUUCGCGCCGGACAUCACGUGGAUCUCCGUUACUCUUGGAAUUGUGCACGGCUUCGGUGUAGGAGUCGUUGCGACCAUGCUGCAAGUCAUCAUAAGCAUGUACUUCAAGCGGUACCGAGGCACCGCUCACGGCAUCAUGUUUGCCGGCUCCACAGCGGGCGCCUUCUUCUACCCGCAGCUACUGCUCUUUCUGAGAAGCACGUAUGGCUUCCGCGGAAGCCUGCUCAUCUUUGGUGCCAUCCUGUUGCACAUGUUCGCCUUCAGCCUCGCGCUUCGCGAACCCUCUUGGGUAUCUACCGAGAGGCUCGAAAAGAAGCGACCCACAGUGGCAAGUCUGCCGACGUUCCCAGCUACCGAACUCGAAGCCCGAGGCCCGUCGAAGCUACGUCGAGCAUCGUGUCCUGCAUUUGUAAUGGAGUCUCGGCGCUCCAUUGAAGCAAGUCCAUCGUCGUUUCCAGCCAGGAAAGUGGAAGCCCAACGUCCGGCAGAAGUAGGACGACCAUCGCUUCUCGCUGCUCAACUGGAAAGAGACACGACGACAGUGGCGGUGUCUACCUCUCAGGCUGUGCUGCAAAGUGUGCGCGAGGUGUUUAGGUGCACCAUGUUCUAUGCGCUCAUUGUAACCUGGCUAGUACUCAGUUACAACGUCGAUAUCUUCUUCUCCACAAUAGUUGACCUUGCUUUGGACAAAGGUGUAAGCAUGCGCGACGCUGUAGCCCUCAUACCCUACUACUCAAUCACGGACCUGGUGGGAAGGGUCUUCUUGCCGCUGCUAGCAGAUCGAAAGUACGUGCGGCGUACAAACCUCAUGGUGAUAAACUACCUCCUCUUGGGAGCGACCGUGGUGUCGCUACCGUUCACCGACAGUUACGGCGCACUGGUGGGCGCGUCGCUGUGUAUCGCUAUGUUCAUAGGGUGCGGAAUGACGAUGCACAGCGUUCUGAUGGCGGACUAUUUGGGCCUCGAGCGGCUGGCCGUGGGGUACAGCAUUAUGGGUGCCAUCUGUGGACCACUGCUCAUGGGGAAGCCUCCGGUUGUAGGUUUCUUCAGGGACAAUCUCGGCUCGUACGAUGCAAUGUUCUGGCUUCUGGGAAGCCUGUGUGUUUUGAUCGGCCUACUUUGGAUGAUGGUGUCAUGGUUUGAAAGGAAGAAAGUUCGCAAUUGGGAACUUGACAUUGCGAGAAACAUGCCGUGCACAUUUCAUAUGUGAAGACUGAAGCCUCCGAGAACAACAUAUUU